CCUGCUGGACCUGGUGAUCCUGCUUCCUUGGGAAGGCACAGAGCCUCCACCUCCCUUGCUCGCCUUCCUUCCCUCCCCAGUCCCGCACCCCCUCUCUUCCCUCAGGCUGGCAGGAUUCCUGGGGCAGAGCAUGCACUCAGUGUGCGGGGAGCAGCCACAGGGAAGAUGCAGAAGCACGGCCAGAAGGAGCACCUCUACAAGCUGCUGGUGAUCGGGGACCUGGGAGUGGGCAAAACCAGCAUCAUCAAGCGCUAUGUGCACCAGAACUUCUCCCCCCACUACCGGGCCACCAUCGGCGUGGACUUUGCUCUGAAGGUGCUGAACUGGGAUGCCGAGACCGUGGUACGGCUGCAGCUCUGGGACAUUGCUGGACAGGAAAGAUUUGGAAACAUGACCAGGGUGUAUUACAGAGAGGCUAUGGGGGCGUUUAUUGUCUUUGAUGUUACAAGACCCGCGACCUUUGAAGCAGUGACUAAAUGGAAAGAGGAUUUGGACUCUAAGUUGGUUCUUCCAAAUGGCAAGCCUGUGCCAGCUGUCCUAUUAGCAAACAAAUGUGACCAGGGAAUAGAUGUUCUUAUGAACAACGGCAUCAAGAUGGAUCAGUUCUGCAAAGAGAACGGGUUCGUGGGCUGGUUUGAGACAUCAGCCAAGGAAAACAUAAACAUCAAUGAAGCUUCCAGAUGCUUGGUGAAACACAUAAUUGCUAGUGAGAGUGAUCCUAUUCAGUCUGUUGAACCAGAUAUUGUAAAACCACACUUGAAUUCCUCCAAGAUUGUCAGUUGUUCAGCUUGCUUUAAAUCCUAAGAGACUUCCAGACUAUUACAAGAGCUGAACAACUAUGAUUCACAAUUUAUACUUUAUUCAACGAAACCAGCCUGCCCACAUUGUCCCUAAGCAGAUUGUCAUUUUCUCAAAAAUAUAUUUAAAUUUUUCCUUUUUUUUUCAGCUAAAAUUUAUUAUGAGGUGUUCAUUGAUAGCAACUAUUCAAAACUCUCUUUGGCUAUUGGUCAAUUAAGACUCAUGGUGAUGGCUGUGUUUUCCUAUUUGGGUGGCACCAGUGAUACCAAAAUCUAUUUGUUUGCCAUGUGGUUUCUGAAAAUUCAUAUUUGUGAUGUGACUGCAGAAGCACCCUACAUGUCCAUUGAAUAUUCAGGAUGUUUUCUCAAUACCUUGACCAGGCAAAUGCCAUCAUUGCACUCUCUGUCACCCCUCAAACUUGAAUGAUCUUGUUUCAUAUGAGGAAGAUGGUGAUGAAAAGUAAAAUCGAGCUGUUGAGAAAGAGACACCAAGAUUUCUCACAGCUAAAUAUUCCCAUUGCAAGUUCAGUCUCCUGGAUAUAGUGACAGGACUGAACAUGAAGGAACAUUUCACAUCAUUCAGUUCUCCAGAAGAUCUGAUCUUCCAAGACUGAUGAAGAAUUGGCUCCCUCUUUCUGAGGGAUUGCAGUCUCAUAGUUGAUAGCAUCAUCUUAGAUGGAAUGAAACAAGUCAAGGGUGAGGGGUGACAAACAGACAGUCAGGGGUGCAGUCUCGUGGGUGAAGCAGAUCAGGGUUUUCAGAAAGGGUUAUCUAUUCUAUAAAGCCAGCUCAGGAAAACCCAAAUUGAUUUUUCCCUGCCUCUCAUCCCUCAUGCCAUAGCUAUCCUGGUGUGUUUAAACUUUGAGUAUUCUGUAAAUCCUAACAUGCAUCCCUUCAUUAUGUUUAUGCUCAUGGAAUAUUCACUAUCCACACUGUAACAUAACAGCAGAACUUUUCAGGAAUCCAUCUGUGUUAAGCAGAAGGGUAUUUGCUUUCUGAAAACAUUCUUCUAAAAUGUAUAUGAAUGAUCACAGGAAUCAAGCAAAAGGAAACAGUCUUAAAAGACACACUUCUGGAAGAUGUGAAGGAUUUAUUGAGCUGUACUGUGGAAAUGAAACUGUUGAUUUUCAGCAUCUCAUAAAGAAUGCAGGUUGGUGGAGUCAUUCAGAGAAGUGUGUCUAGACUAGUCUUGACAUCUGGCUGCAAGCCCCCUCAAGACAAACUUUGCCUCUAUCCUGCCAUAGAGAAAUCACUUUCAUUUUCUCUUCUUACUCAGACUUUUCCUUCCUAAGCUGUGAACUCUCAGUUGCAGGAGCUGUCUUCAGAGAUGGGCUCCUCUUCUUUGAGAGGUGUAGCAGCAUGUAAGGGAGGAGAAAAAAAUCUCAUGAUGCCUUAAGUUUGUAGAUGCCACUGCAAUAAUUCACUGAACACUUAGUUGGAAAUGGGAGAGUGGGAUUCUCAGCCUAGAGAAUAUAUGCUCCAUAGAAAAAAAAAAAAAAAAAAAAAAAAAAAGAAAAAAAUUCCUCAAACUGACCUUAUACUUUGAGACCUAUGAGGUUCAUGUGCCUUUAAAAUUUAUCCUACUUAGCAAUGUAAGGUUUAUGUUUGGACUCAAAGUUCUUUUCCAACUUAAAUGAUUCUAUGACUUGUGUGUCUUUCACUAAAUACUCUGUUACUAUAUAGGCACUGCAGACAAGAGCUGUGUUUCUCUCCCUGGAGGGCCAGGGACAGAGACAUAGUUCUUUAUGUGCUCUACCUAAAGCCUUCAAUUUUUCUCACAGAAUUUUGGAAUAAGAAAGCAAGGUCUCUAGUUUUAAAAAUAAAAAUUCACAUCCAGAAUUAAUCUGCACAGAUGUAUGGAUACAUAUAUAUAAAAAGCUGGCUUUUUUGAGAGUAAUUUUCAAGUAAUUUUCAAGUAAUUUUCAAUUUUGUCUUGAAUGUUGUGUUAUCCUUUAAUUCCUAUGUUAAAAAACCUUUAACUCCUGCUGUGAUCUGUGUCAAUUACCUUAAGCUUCCUGCCUCAGUUUCCUCAUCUGUCAAACAGGGAUCUGUGUACACACCUACCUCACAUCACUCCCUGGAAGUUACUGUUGGCACUGGGCUUUGGGGAUACAUGUUCUGCAAAUGCCAAGCUCUGACACUGCUCAGAAUGAAAUAUGAGUGCCCUCUAGCAUUAAUACAUGGUGCUGUAAAGCCUUAGUGGUCUAAACCUAUCAAAGGCUUGCCUGUGCUACAAAAAUUAAGUACAAUUAUUCCACCUCAGUUAAGCUGGUCAAGGUAUAAAGCAACGUGUGACUGCAUGGGAUGGUCAGACUGGUCUGCAAGCACAGAUGUCAUGGUGCUAGUUGAAUAAUCUCAGCAACAAAGCUGCAAUUCAGACCUAGUGCCACAUCAGUUAUUUCAAAUUUAAAGCAUCGUUUAAGUCAAGUCAUAUGGGUGCCUUAUUAAGGAUAACAAUUCAUAUCCUGAACCAACACAGAGGAGAACACAAGGAGCUAGAUAUUCCAGAUAGCUUCUAAAGAGCUGAUUUUUCAUGAGUUGAGCCCUGUACUUCACGUAUAAAUCUGUGGAUCUCAACUGAAGCAGAAGAAAAUGCCAUCUUAUCCAAAAAUACUUUUAUCCCAACUCACAACAAACCUAGUAGUUCCUAAUGUGUUUUGCUUAUCUUCAUAUCACAUUUAUUUGGUGGCUUCUAGCAAUACUCACUAAGCACAAUAAGAAAUUCCACAAGAUUUGAGAGCUAUGGCUAAAGAUCUGGUAUAACAGUAAUUAAAACAGCUCUGCAUUAAUAAAACACUUAAAUGGCAUACAGACAUGUUUUUGUUCUGCACUCUAUUGUAUAAACCUGCUUUAAAUUAUGGGCUCAUUGUCAGUUCCAUAAUGUUUCUGUUGUGUCAGGUUCUGCUGCAGUCACUUCUUGGGCAGAUUUUCCACCUCUGGUAGAUUCAGGACAGAGUGUGGCCAAUUGCAAGACUAAGGACUACACGAGAUGCAAGUUCUAAAGUCGUACAUAUUUACACCAUGAGAAUUAGAGCAGUAUCACAAAGAAUCUGGCCUCCUUAGGAGGUUACAUAAUUGCACAUGUUCAUUUUUAUUUGUACUGAAGUGAUAAAGAUCUGUCAAGUCUUUUUCUAUAACACAAUACAUGUGUGAAUGCAACCUGAAUAUCUGGCAAACAGAGCUAGAGGAGGCUGUUAUAGGCAGGCCAGAAUAAAAGCUUCAGCUUAGAAUUAAUGAGCUCAGUUUGUGCCAAUACCCUUUCAGGAAAUGUAAAGUUUGGUUAUACUGUGUCAGUCCUUAACAGCUUGGAUUUUCUUAGGAUUUUUUGGUGCACUCUGUGCUAUGUCCUCUUUGCUGGUCUCCAGGAAACAGGUAUCUUAAUCGUAUGUCCAUUUAGAAAUUAAACAUUUUCCCUUUCUGUUUGCAAUAAGUAAUGAAUGAUGAGUCUCUAUUGCCUUGCAAAUGGGCAAAGAUACUGCAAAGUGGAAUUAAAAUUCACUUUCAUUCAUUCAGAUACACCCCUCUGGGUGUCCCAGCACCUCAAACCACAAGCAAGGGAGAUGCUGGAAAUGAGAGAUCACCCCAAAACAUUCAAAGAAAAUGGUUGUUGAACAUCUUCACCCCCAGACAUCAUUUGCAACAGCAGUUAUGACAGAAUGUCUUUCAUUUUCUGUAUUUGAAGCUCCAUAGGAAAAAAAAAAUCCUCAUGAUCCUAAAUACUUUGGGCAGCAUAUACAUACUACUGAUAGGAAAAUGGAUGGAGUGAAAGCUAAUUACUCAGUUAUUCCAGAAAGAUCAUAAUUUAUUUGAUCAGGUUCAGCUUUCAAUAGAAAGUCAUUAGGAAAUCUGAAAAUCAGGCUUUGUUAUUCUUGCACACCAUUUUUUUAAGAUAAUGUAUUUUCAAUAACUUUUCUAUCCAGGAAUAGCUCUUCCAACAGUACUUUAUGCAUUCAGCUUGAAUUCUUGUACAUCAAUGUUUUAUCUCCAGAUUUUUUUCUUUGUUUUAACCUACCUGACUAUACAAAGUGGGGAAGGAGGGAGAGAGGGAAGGAGAAUGCUCACCUUUAAACAACAGUGUUGUUCUACUUCUAAAAGUGCCUUUUCCAACUGGAUGAAGUAAAAUUGGUAAACAGAUGUGAGAAAUUAAUUUAGAGUCAAUUUCCAGGAAACAGUCAAUUAAAAUAUCUUUUACUGCACCAAUAUUUAUGCAUGUGACCCCAGGUUCUAUUGUAAUAAAAGAUGGUAUUUCUGACAAAACAUGGAAUAUGA